AUGGAACCUAAUUUCUACAAUUAGAAUAAUCACUCUCCCUCUCCAUUUAGAAGUAAGCAUAAAUCUAACUUGCUCGUUAAUAACCACUACAUACCUGCAAAACCUUAAUAGUAAUAAUCUGUGUAUUCAAUGCUCUAAAAGAAGAGAACUAUGGGAGGAGGUGGAUUUACUUCUUAAGGUAAUAGAUAGGCUCUUAAUAAAACCUCAAAACCUAUUGGACAGAGUGCUUUACUCAAUCAUACAAACAUGUAUAAAAGCUCGCCUGACAAAAAAUCUUAAAAUUCCCCAGAAGAUUAGGAGGAAAAAAAGGAAAGUAGAUACAGCAGUAAUGCUCUUUCUUAAUUCAGUAUGAUUGAUGGGAAAAAUAGUGUUCUCUCAGAUAUUAAACAAAAAAAGGAAAUCAUCUAUUGUAAACCUGGUGUGAAGAUAGGUUAAGGGAAAUAUCAUGCAAUAGAGUUGAUUAUCUACCAAAAUGAUCUAUAUGCUCUCAAGAAAAUUCCUAAGUCCUCAAUUGAUAAGGCUAAAAGAAUCGAACAUCUUAAAAAUGAAAAGAAUAUAAACUACUUGCUAAAAGACUAAUUCAGAUCAAGUAGUGUUAAAUGGUUUGUAAGCCUAGAGGAGACCUUUGUUGAUGCUGACUCAAUAAAUUUUAUUUUUGAAUAUCUACCAGGCGCAGACUUAUUCUGGGUUAUUUAAAAUGAAAUGAACCUCUUUCUGGGAAAAUAAAAGUAAACUGGUUAAUCAAGAGAGUGGAUAAAGUUUUAUGCAGCAGAAAUAUUAAUAGCAUUAGAAAUCUUGCACAAAUAGAACAUAAUAUAUAGAGAUUUAAAGCCUGAGAAUGUAAUGGUAGACAAAGAUGGACACAUCAAAUUAAUAGAUUUUGGUUUUGCUAAACGACUCAGUUCUUCAUCAAAGCAUAGGACUAACACAAACUGUGGUACUUUAGGGUAUUCAGCUCCGGAAGUUAUAAUGGGAACCAACUAAGGUUAUUCCUUUCCAUCUGACAUAUGGUCAUUUGGUAUUUUAUUAUGUGAGUUAAUUCAAGGAUCCCUUCCUUUUGAAAAUAAAGAAGAUCCACAGAUGAUUGAAUAGUAAACUAUGAAAGGAGAAUUUGUAAUGCCUCGUGAAGCAGAUUCAACUGCAAGGGAUUUAAUCACCUAGAUCCUUGUAUUGGAACCCAACCUUAGAUUAUCAAUAGAUGAGAUUAAAGCUCAUAAAUAUUUUGCAGAAUAUGAUUGGAAAAAGGUAACUGAGAAACAACUUUCAAAUAUACCUUAUAAGCCAAACCCUCUUAAAUAUAAAUAUCUUCUUCAAAACAAGUAUCCUCCGAUUAGUAGUGUAACUGGAGUGAUGAAUAAUGAUGAGGGUGAAGGAUAGAAUCAGCCUAUUCCAGCUAAAAUAGAUAGUCCUAAGAAAAAUCUCCUAGGAGAUUUUACUCUAUAUAAGAUCAAUAAAGAAUUUGAAAACUUUUGA